AUGGCGUACAUGCAAACAGAAGUUUUGUCGCACGCUCAGAAAGUAUGCCGUUUAUACAAAGCUGCAGCUAGAAUGACACAAGCCUGGUACCCAGAAAGGUGUCAGUUCAGGUUUCAUGCUACAGUUCUUAGGGCACGAUUCGAUGAAACCAGGGACAUAACAGAUAUGGUGCGGGCUAAGAAGAUGCUGGAGACUGCCAAACUGGAACUUUGGACGAAACAACACCCACAGCCUCUUAAAUUUGCUAAUUCUCCUGGUGGGGGUGCGUAUGGUCGAGAGGUUCAUCUUCCUGACUGGGUGUUAGAUACUUGGCAUCCGACAGAGAAGAAGGCUUAUCCAGACUACUUCAAGAGGAGGGAACAACGAAAACAGGAAUUCAUUGAGAGGUGGGAGAAAAAGUAUGGAAAGAGUGGUAUAGAGCCAUCGCAUUGAUCAGAAAUCACCUUGACUAUUAGGACAAUAUGAAGGAGUGGCAUCGAGGCGUCAUGAAGAGACAUUGUCUGUAUUAGUACAACCUCUAUAAGACAUUGUGGACAGUGUGUACAGAAAAACGAUUUUCUUAGUUGUGUUUUUGAGGGUGAAUUGGACAGAAGAUGUGUUUUAUUUCAUGUUCUCUAGAUUUGGUACAUGAUUUCCAACAGCGCACAGUUAUCUGGCUGCUGCGAGAAACCAUUAACCCAUAGUUCUGUCAAGUGAAGUAAAUAUGAGAAGCCUGUGACAGAUAUCUAGUUUGUUUUGAAUAAUAUGUGUACAGAGUUAAGAAUGG